AUGAGCCUAUACGUUGUACAAUUAAUUGCCAUCGAUGUGGAGGUAUGCAAGUGGGGAAUCGGGCACGGUUAUUUUGAAAAUGGUGGCCCUACACUAUACAGUUUAACUGGCACCGUGCAUGCGGACGUUCGCACUGGUUCUAGACACGGUCCGUGA